CCUCAUUUGUAACGGCUGCAUGGUGUUUAAGAUAGAAGUGCUAAUGAAUGGAAGAAAACAUUUUGUUGAGAAAAGGUACAGCGAAUUUCAUGCCUUGCACAAGAAGCUUAAGAAAUGUAUUAAAACUCCAGAAAUCCCUUCAAAACAUGUGAGGAACUGGGUCCCAAAAGUGUUGGAGCAACGACGACAAGGCUUGGAAACGUAUUUACAGGCUGUCAUUUUAGAAAAUGAAGAACUUCCCAAACUGUUUCUUGAUUUCCUAAACAUACGGCACUUGCCAUCUCUACCAAAGGCAGAGAGUUGUGGGUCUUUUGAGGAGACAGAAUCUGAAGAGUCAAGCAAACUGUCCCACCAGCCGGUGCUGCUGUUCCUCCGGGAUCCAUACGUCUUGCCUGCAGCCAGCGAUUUCCCUAAUGUGGUUAUUGAAGGCGUUCUCCACGGGAUCUUCUACCCUCACCUGCAGCCCAGGUAGAAAGCCUGCGGGGCCGGAAGAAGCUGAAAGCCCCUUUCAACAUUGUAGUCAAGGAAAUCGAUCAUCUACCAAAUUAACCUAAACUCUAUGACAUAGCAGCUCUAGCUAGUGGUGAAAUUCACAGGCCCAGCUUCACUCAGGGCAGGGACAUUUCCAUUAGAAUGGUGCUUUUAAAAAUAGAAACUGAACCAGGGCUGUGCUGAGGUCAAGGCCAACUGUUCAAGGCUAGAACGUAGCUGCCAAUUUAGAAACCCGUGAGCACGAAGCUUGGGAAGAUCCCGGGGAGCACCCAGCGCGACAAAACCUCGUGACUCUUGGCCUCACUCGGACCGUCUGCUAAUUGAAAAUCUUGUCCUGAAUCACACUGAGGCUGGUCAACUCCGGUACUUUCUGGUUCAGAUUUUGUGACACACUAAUGUUUUCAUCCUGAGGUUUCCUCGGCCAGGAAUUAGAUACAUUCAUAGUGCGGGCACCAGGAGGGUAUCACAGAAACGCACACUGCUGACUGUGAGGAAGGCGCUAAACUGGAAAUUAAAUGCUGCUGACAGUAUUCGGGCACGUUUUAAAUCACGGCGUUUUUAAUUGACACGACAGUGGAUUUGAGUCAUAUCCAGGGGUUAGCAUCUAAUGUCAGUACAUGAGAAAAAAAUGGAGUAUCAAGCAUAUCCUUGAAAGCCCUCUGGGCAGGCAUCAUGUUGGAAAUCUGUUCACAUCUACAAUGACCAUUUUUUCCUCCAGUGCUGGGAGAAAGGACUGUUUCUUCCACUGAAGACCAAUUGAAAUGGUUGGUGUUUGUUUGGGGGCUACACAUACCUUUAAACACUAGCAUCACACUUACCCCUGCAAGAUGCUUGUCCCCUGAGACAGCAUGGGCACUGACCCUGGCUGAGGGGACACUGCAUUGGCAGCACUCACCUUGGUUUACUCAAGGGCGUCCAUUCGUUGAAUAGGUGGUAUUGCCAUGGGAUUUACUGUUAUUUUUCUUACUGUUUCCUUUUCACUGACCUCAUAUCUUGAAUUAAUGUAAGUUAAAUGUGUUUAUGAUAGGAUUCCACUGUAUACCUUACAGACAUCCAUAAUUUGAGUAGUAAAGGAUAUAAGCAUAUGUGCAACCUGUAUGUAUGUGCUGUUAUUUGGGCAUUUCAUUGAAAACUAAUUAAUAGCUAAAUUAUUUACGACUAUUUUAAUAAGCUUCUGUAUGGGAGAGAAGAAUGUUUAGAUUCAAAACUAAUUACUGAAUCAUGUUAUUUGAUUAAGAUAUAAAUAUAUAAGUUUUAAUCCUGAUGCAAACUCUUUAGAGAUAUGUUUAUGGUAGAUAUGGUCCCACAUAUUAGGAACAAGCAAGAACUACUCAAUGUCAUCAACCAAAAAUAACUGAAUAGUCAAGUGUUGGAGAUAUUUUUUUAAUGUUUUUGUUAUUAGCUAUUUUGAGUUAAAUAAAAACAAAGAACAAGAAAUGUU